UGGGUGUUUUAUCUGGUGAUGGUCGUUAUCUACUGCUACAUUGCAUCUGCUCAUUUGGGGGGAUUCCAUUGGUCUCCUGCUCUCUGUUCUUAUCUAUGAGGCUCUAUUCUAGUCUUACCGCUGCUUUGAUUUCCUACUGUGAUUUUUCGGGUGGUGUUAUUGUCACAUAUAUUGCAUUUUCUUCCUUGCUGAUACUGGUUAUAGUUGCUUGGGUUCACCUUUGCUUUAUGGAUUACUCUAUUGGUGGAUGUGAGAUUCACUACUUCUGCUGCUUGUUUCUUAUGCUACUGAUGGUUUCUUUAUUUUGGGUGGCUUGUAUCUGCUCAUACUUUCAUGAUAUGGCUCUUUCAUUCACCGAGGUCCAUUCAUCAUCAUCAUCAUUGUCUACAAUUGUAGCUGCUCUGGUUCUCUAUGGCUACCUCUGUUCGCACUGUGGUCUAUGGCUCUACUGGCUUUGCUUCGGCUGGAUUAUCUCUUGCUCUUGUGGUGGUCCUUCUAGGCAGAGUUGUUGUAUCAGCCUCAGCAUUCUCUUGGGUAGGCUUGGGAUGAUCCUCCCUGGGCUAUCUUCCUCUUCUCUCUUGGUGACUUUUGGCCUUCUCUGAUCGCCCUCCCUCACGUCUAUCUCCUCCCUCUUGCGCUUCAUGGUGGUUUGCUGGCCGGGCCUAUAUGCGUUUGCGUUGCUUUUUAGAGGGAGGUGUCUCUUCAUCUUCCUGGUUCUAUGCAUCUGCUGCAUGAAUGGAGGUCUGGUUCAUGCACUUUUUACUACACUGUCUUCUUGGGUUUGAUCCCGGUGACUGCUGCUUGCCCUUCAGCUCUAUGAUGGCUCAUGUUGUUCUGUUGAUAGUGCAUUGGUGUUGCUGUUUGAGCCUUUCCUAUUUCCUCUCCCAUGUGGUUGAUGUUUUGGUUGUCCUUCUGCUCUGAAGCUCGCUGGUUACAAACAGCCCCCUGUUUUGUUUUGUUUAUAACAUUACCUUUUGUUUGCAAUUCUGUGGGUGAUA